AUGGGUAAAAGAAAUCGACAUCUGCCGAUAGGCGCGAUUGUCUGUGCGGUGCUCUGCAUUGGUGUUGGAAUUUCUGCGGCAUUCAACUUUGACGACGAUUUGGAGGAUCUGAUUGCCGAGGAGUCGAACGUAGAUGAAGAAGUCUUUGGCGAGUCCGUGCUACCGUCGGACGUCUUCAAUGGUGGCAAGCCGUUCUACGUAGAACGCGAUCCCUCCACGGGGGCUAUUGAUUUCAACCACAAAAAGACCGUCAAUCAAAUCGAUCUGGAUGAAAAAGGUUCCAUCGAUAACAAGGAGAGUCACACCAGUGACAUCAAGGAUGUGGUGAUCAGUCAAUCAUCGCCGAACUUUCACGAUUUUCUGAAUUUACCGGUGAAAUAUUCAUCAUCGAAAUUUGUCUAUCCUUUGAUUUCCAGCUCCUAUGCCAACCUGAAGUACCAGGGAAGCAACAAAGUGUCGAACCACAAAAAUUUCUCAGCUCCGGCGUCGACUACGACAACAGCUCCCAAGUUUCAGUUCACUCGACCACAGUAUACGACUUCGAGACAAAACAUAACCUCGCUCCCAACAAGCUUGGGUACAAGCAGCGUAACACCAUCAUCAUCCGUUCGGUACACCUAUCCGACAACGUCGGGACGACCCAUAACGACUUCGACCACAACAACAACAACCACUACAACCGCGACUCCAACGACCACCGGCCCUGUCAAGCAACUUUUCACUCGUUAUCCCUACAAGAGCACUAUCAAAAACAAAUAUCUUGAAACGACGGAGCACCGUAAAAAGUUCUUCCUCCCAUCGACGCUUUCGUUACCAACGACAACGACGACGACAACGCAAAAGCCUCAAUUAACCGAACAACAAACGACCCCUAUUCGUUCAUCAACCUACUACUCACCUUCCAUCAGACCAUGGUCCAACCCAUCAUCAGCCCAUCCCCCGGCCACAACGCCUGUGCCUCCAACCAAAUCUCGUCCCGCCAACCCGGUCCGUUUCGUUGACGACGCACCACCAGUGCCGCUGGAGGAGGAAACGCAAACUCCGAAGAUUAAAUUUACCAUUCCGGCUUUGAAAUACGAAGGAAACCGUCCGGCUCCGUUCCGUCCGUUGCCUCCGAGCCAUGUCCAGCAGUUGAACCGUCAGAAUGACUCCACCAACAAGAUAGACCUCCCGAUGAACCCUGCCGUGAUGUCCUUGUCGGACAUUUUCAACUCUCUCGGCUUGGAUGAGAAGCAAGCCGUUCCGGAGGAAAAGGAAAACACGAUCGUAUUCGAAACGACGGCCGCUCAGACCACCGAACGCACCACUCCACCGGCGAUUGUGUUAAUUCCGGAACAACAACCAAAGCCGGCCUCUGUUUCGGAAGGAUCAAUGACCAUACAGCAAUCCGUUGACUUAACCGAUCAGUACGUGAAAUAUGAGAUCCAGCAGCAGCCGAACGGACAUCGUCCGCAACAGCCAGCCGACGAUCAAUACGUGCGCUACGAAGUUCAACAACCGAAUGGACAUCGGCCGCAAGGACCCAAUCAAGACACCGACCUUGGCAAUCAAUACGUCAAAUACGAAGUACAAAAGCCACAAAUUAACGUUGUUAAAUACGGAUCAGUUCCGAGCAUGAACAGCGUCGUCAUAAGCCCGAAUCAACACUCGGCAACGUUUGUCUUAGGUUCUCAGCAAUCCGUUAGUAAUUCGGCAGAAGGCCACUUUGUCGGAUCGGUCUCACAAGAGCCGGCUUCUGCCGCACUAAGCGGACAUCCCUCCACGUACCAAAUGGGCCAAGUGCUGGAUGAGCCCAAGGAGUCAUCCAACGUUCAAGUUGGAAGUUCGGUUAACGUUCAAGUUAAACCACAGGACAUCAUCAAAACUACCAGCGUGAGAUUCCCUAGCGAAAGCGAUGACAAGUAUGACAAUGCACCGAUCAUUAGUGGAACUCACAAAAGUGAAGUACUACCACCGAACGGGCACUCAGCUCCAGUCGGUAUGGGCUCCAAUCAGGUAGUGGUUUUCCCCAAAAACGAAAACAUCGAUAGUACGCUACAUGAAGUAUCCAACAGAAUUGUGUUUGACACGCCGAAUAAUGAAGUAUUGAAUAAAAACGAACUGCCGGCAUACACACCGGAUCUACCGGAACAGCUAACGCCUCCUUCGAGUGGAGAGAUCAACCCACUAACGAAGCGUCCACGACCUGCAAUGCCUGCCCAAGGGCCACCGUUCAUUUACAAAGACAUUCAACGACGCCCCUAUCCUGUCGAUCGCUCCCGUCCUCCGCUCCUUCAGCUACCAAAUAUUUUACCACAAUUCCGUCCGAACGCGAAAAUAUCCCACGGUCAUACCCCGUUCCAUAAAGAAAGUGGCACCUACCGACUUCCAGCUCUUCUACCAGCAAAAAAUCUCCUACCAAACGGGCUUCCCCUUAGAAAACCAUACCCAGAACACCCGCAAUCGCUUGCUCAGUCUCCAUCCUCCGCCUUGCCCAUCCGUCGAGCUCCAGUUCCCACUCGAUUCAUGACCCGCAUCAACACCGGUCGUCCGCAAAACCUACCACCCUCGAUGGCGGCAGCCGCCCACAUGGACGGUUCCAAUGAAAACCGUCGCUACUACCGGCUGCCUCCACCCAUGCUGAAGGAUCGCGUUUACCACAUUACGCCUCCAAACAUGAAACCACCACCACCACAACCGACCUCAUCGGCAACACGUUUCGCCGAAAGUUACGCCCCACAAAACCCCGAAAGGAACCAGCAACCCAUAAAACCGAACGAUGCCGAAACUAACGAGUUCCAGCGCGAUCCUCCAACCAUUCUCAAAAGUGUAAUCAAAGAAAGAAAACCCCAGCGACCCAAGCUGGAACCCGUCGUCACACUGCAAAUGUUGCAAUCGAAGAAACAAGCCACAGAAUCCCACAAACAUAACCUCCCCUCUGGACAGAAGGUAGACCUUGCCGUGGAAGGUCACCCACCGGUGACGCCGGUCCAGGCGAUCAGCGGCGACGACAAGCAGCCGGUGUACGUCGUCUAUCCGGUCAAAAGUACACCAACCAAAAUGGACGCCAUACCGGCGGGUAGCAGCCUGGAACCGGUCGCUGUUGGCGGACACCGAGACGAGAAGGUAAGCCCCGGCACCGAGUACCAAAAUACACCCUUCUCCAUCGCAUCCCACUUUGAACAGGAACCCAUCCUGAUGGCGAAGCAAAAGAAAAACCACCCGAAGCUUCAUUUCCCGUACAGCCUGGAGAAACCGGACCCACAUGCCCUGAUGACCGAAAUGGACCACGAAUCGAAGCAUCGCCUCGCGGAGCCGGAAAUUGAAAGCAAACAGGACACGGUCUACAACAUCGGCGAGGAACCGAUCAGCAAAGAGCAAUCGGAGGAGGGUCCGAUCUCGAGCAAACUACAGCGAGCCACCGAAAGCACACCGAUUGCCAUCGCUUACACACCAACCGAGCCGAGCCUCCAAUAUCAGAAAUAUAAACUGCAAAACUCACCCUACUAUUCACCGUACGGGGAAACCCAAACCGAGGUGUCCUAUCUGAAGCUGGAUGAGUUCGACGAGUUCGGAAACCCUGCCCACCGCUACGAACAGAGCUUCCAGGCUCCAUUCCAAGCCAGUAUCAGCCUCGAUCCGGUUAAGGUAACGAAUCCCUAUGAAGGCUGGGCAGUCGUAACCUCCGCCCCACAAGCUCUAGUACAGGAACAGAACAUGAUAGACCGAUCGGACGAUCAUCGGUACGAGGAAACCCAAACGACAGCCAAGAAACCAUCGGAAAAAGGCAGCUUUCAGCCGGAGUUCCUAGGAGGCUUCCGACCCAUUUACGCUGAAGAUAUGAAACUAAGUGACCUUACGAAUCCGGAUCCCCAGUCCAGGAAUGCGUUCAUUGCUUCGGCUGACAAGGCACCCGAAGUUUCCAAAGCGGAUGCAACGAGUGCGGAGGAAAUGCCCGACAAAACUGUCGUAAAGAAACCACUGUUCGACAGUCUGGAGGCGCUGUUCGAUGACCUAACCAAGGACUACGAUGAUAACACGGAAACAACGGGUAUGGGCGACGAGGACGAUAUGGAGGAAAGCACGGCGAAAGGCAGUAACGAGUUGGCGGAAGGUCGAAGUAAUGACAACCUCGCGAAGGCCGAGAACACCACCAAACUGAUCGACCAAAAAAGCGACCAGAAAGAAGAGAAAAGCAGUGAGUAA